AUGAAUGGUGUUCAAGAUGAAUUAAAGGAAGAAUUUUACGCUGUUGGACAGAAAACUCCCAAUAAUGCCUAUAAUCCGUGUUCUGACUUGUUUCAUUCCAGCUUAAUCCGUGGAUUAAACGCACAAUUUCACUCCCCAAGAUAUCUCAGUGGAGACACCUUCAUUUUCGGGAUCGAGGCUCUACGUGACUUGAUGAAUACGCGUUUUUGGGAUCAGACGGGAUUCUUCCCUCGUGUGGCCCUCUGCGACUUCGAAUUGCGCCGAAUGGGCAGCAACCAGCACCGGUACACCAUUCAGUGCGUCCUUCGGAUAAACAUAUUCAAUGAAAAAAUCUACAUCUUCCUCUGGUUCUGGUUCUUCCUCGUUUCUGUACUUAAUCUCCUUAGUCUUCUACGUUGGUGCUACAAACUUAUGUUCCGGUAUGUGCGGGUGCUUUUCAUUCGAAACCUCAUUUGCAUUUACUUCAACAUUAUCGCCGCCAAGUCACAUCUGCCUCAUAUUCACGGGUCCUCUAAUAAAGACGAUAAGCACGAACAGAAACAGCUUUCUAUUGCCGACGUCUUUAAGACAAAGGACGACUUGCGCGCUUCAACAACAUUCUCCGAGGACAUUCUUGGCCAGGACGGCGUCCUCCUUCUUAGGUUUAUCUGCAUGAACGUCGGGCCAUCCUCAGCAGCUGAACUGGCCGGGGUGAUCUGGAUUAAAUAUCGGAAGACGGCUGUUGCUGCCACAGGACCUUGCUCGUGUGUAGAAGACGUUGUGUUCAUGAACAUAGCUGCAAAAGAUCGUGAAAAGGCUCCCGCUGUGCCACCGAAAACAAAGAAGCCUCCAGCUCAGAAAAUAAACUCUGGCUUUCUUCCGCUGAGCGUCCUAAUCCAGAGAAACAAGACUCAAGAAGACAGUGACAGUGACAGAUCCUCAGAAUCAUCGCGCCCGACAAUUGAAAUGCUGCAAGAACGCAGGCGUUACCGACCGAUCAAUCAAAAACGCGGUGGGUAUUACUACGACGAAGACGAUGUUGACCAAAUGUCUGUUGUCCACGAGAACAGCUGUCAUGAGAGCUUUUCCGAUAACCAUGAAAUUAUUGACGCUGAGGGUGGACAGGACAGCCAUGAACUGAUAUCAGACUGCCGAUCAUUUAAUGAAUAUUGA